GAGGGGCAGGAGAGCGGCGCGCUCUCGCGCCGGGAGGGUAGUCACCAGUUGGGCACACGCGAGGGCCGGGCGCGCGCAGGAGGCACGCGGGCGAAAAUCCUCAGAGGCGCUGCGGGCGGUGCCGAGACGCAGGCGCUGCUGCAGGAGCCGCGACUCGCACCCGCUGCAGCGCCCGCCGCCAUCAGCGCCCCCCGCGGCCCCCGCGCACCGAGGGAGCCCCCCACCCCUCGCCUGCUGCAGCGGUGCGCGCCAUGGCCCCGCGCAAGAAUGCCAAGGGCGGCGGCGGCAACAGCAGCAGCAGCAGCAGCGGCGGCUCCAGCAGCCUGAGCAGCUCCACCAGCGGCGGCAGCAGCAGCCCCGGGGCCCGGAGAGAGGCAAAGCACGGAGGACAAAAGAAUGGGAAGAAAGGAGGACUUUCUGGGGGUUCCUUUUUCACGUGGUUUAUGGUCAUCGCGUUGCUGGGAGUGUGGACAUCUGUAGCUGUCGUCUGGUUUGAUCUGGUUGACUAUGAGGAAGUGUUAGGAAAACUAGGAAUCUACGAUGCUGAUGGUGAUGGAGAUUUUGAUGUGGAUGAUGCCAAAGUUUUAUUAGGCCUUAAAGAAAGAUCUGCUCCAAAGCCAACAGUCCCACCAGAAGAGGCCGAGCCGUACCCUUGGCUGGAGGACCAGGUUCUGGAGGAGCCAGGGCCUCAGAAUAUUGAAGAUGAAGUGCAAGAACAAAUUCAGUCACUUCUCCAUGAAACAGUAUACACAGAACAUGGGGAGGACCUGCAGCAAGAACAGGAUGGACCAGCAGCAGAACUACAGCCAGAAGACGGUGUCUUUGUAGGAAGUGAUGCAGAUGAUGGAUUUGAGCCCACUGGAGCACUUCAUGAAGAAACUGAAGAUAACUACCAUGUAGAAGAGACAGCUUCACCAGCCUACAAUCAGGAUAUGGAAGACGUGAUAUAUGAACAGGAAAAUCCAGAAUCGAGUGAACCAGCAGUAGAUGAUGAUGGACAAAUGUACCACACAGAUGAUGUAACAUACCAAGACUAUGAUGAACAAGUGUAUGAGCCAUCAAAAAGUGAAGGGGUAGAAAGUUCAGAUAAUGCUGUAGACAAUUCAAACAUAAUUCUUGAAGAAACGCAGGCGCCCCCUGCAGAGGAGCACCAGGAAGUACCACCAGAAACAAAUAGAAAAACAGAUGAUCCAGAAAAAAAAGAAAAAGCUAAGAAAAAGAAGCCUAAACUAUUGAAUAAAUUUGAUAAGACUAUUAAAGCUGAACUCGAUGCUGCAGAAAAACUCCGUAAAAGGGAAAAAAUUGAGGAAGCGCUGAAUGCAUUUGAAGAACUUGUUCGCAGGUACCCUCAGAGUCCAGGGGCGCGAUAUGGGAAGGCACAGUGUGAAGAUGAUCUGGCUGAGAAGAGAAGGAGCAACGAGAUUCUGCGCCGGGCCAUCGAGACCUACGAGGAGGUGGCCAGCCUGCCCGACGUCCCCGCAGACCUGGUGAAGCUGAGCCUGAAGCGGCGGUCAGACAGACAACAAUUUCUCGGACACAUGAGAGGUUCCCUGCUUACUCUACAGAAAUUAGUUCAACUAUUUCCGGAUGAUACUGCUUUAAAGAAUGACCUUGGAGUUGGGUACCUCUUGAUAGGAGAUUAUGACAGUGCCAAGAAGGUUUAUGAAGAGGUUCUGAAUGUGACGCCCAAUGACGGUUUUGCUAAAGUGCAUUAUGGCUUUAUCCUCAAGGCGCAGAACAAGAUGGCGGAGAGCAUUCCCUACCUAAAGGAAGGAAUAGAAUCCGGGCAUCCCGGCACUGACGACGGGAGAUUCUAUUUCCACCUGGGGGAUGCCAUGCAAAGGGUUGGGAACAAAGAGGCAUAUAAGUGGUACGAGCUUGGGCACAAGAGGGGCCACUUCGCAUCUGUCUGGCAGCGCUCACUCUACAACGUGCAUGGACUGAGAGCCCAGCCUUGGUGGACCCCGAAGGAAACGGGCUACACGGAGUUAGUGAAGUCCUUAGAAAGAAACUGGAAGUUAAUCCGAGAUGAAGGCCUUGCAGUGAUGGAUAAAGCCCAGGGCCUCUUCCUGCCGGAAGAUGAGAACCUGAGGGAGAAGGGCGACUGGAGCCAGUUCACACUGUGGCAGCAAGGAAGAAAAAAUGAAAAUGCCUGUAAAGGAGCACCUAAAACCUGUUCUUUGCUCGAUAAAUUCCCCGAGACAACAGGAUGCAGAAGGGGACAGAUCAAAUACUCCGUCAUGCACCCAGGAACCCACGUGUGGCCGCACACGGGACCCACAAACUGCAGGCUCCGAAUGCACCUCGGCUUGGUGAUUCCCAAGGAAGGCUGCAAGAUCCGAUGCGCCAACGAGACCAGCCCACCCAGGAGAGCUGGAAUCGGGAUCCUGGCAAGAAAGGGAGAGUCAAGAGCAGAUGCAGGAGAUGUGAUGAAGUUUGACUCAGGGCGUGGGAAGAAGGCAAGGUACUCAUCUUUGACGACUCCUUUGAGCACGAGGUGUGGCAGGACGCCGCGUCUUUCCGGCUGAUCUUCAUCGUGGAUGUGUGGCACCCAGAGCUGACAGCCCAGCAGAGACGCAGCCUUCCUGCGAUUUAACACGUCAUUGUGCAGGCUCAGGACAUGCAGACAGGUUGCCUUUCUGGUUCCAUCUCCUCGGGUGUGGGCACAGACGUUCGAACACCAAGGCCCUUAAUUCCCUUGAUUUGCAGCCUGAAAAGUUCUAAACCUCCUCCUAGGCUUGGAAGACACAAAAGGGAAUAUUUGCCUCGCUGCAAUUCUCAUAGAAAACACCUGCCAUAUUUCAUCUGUGACAGCCCUGAUCUGAUGCCUAUAUUCAAGGUGAACACAUGAUAACGUAUCUACCUUGCCAGCCAAAGAUAUUUUUUUCCACUUAGAAUAAGUGAAAUCAGUGUAAAUGAGAGUAUAUGUAGAAACUGUGAAUGGAUUGCUUUAGCUUCUAAUUUUUCUAUGCAAGUGUAUUUUUCUAGGGUAGUGAGACGAUUCUAGCGUCACAUACCACUACUUCCUUGUUGAUUUUAACAACAAGCUGCGUAAAUGCUUUACUUCUUGCUGUUUAACCGUGAACUCAGACUUCCCUCUUUUAAUUAUUUUUAGUAAAAGGCACUCAUAUGAAAAAGGCAAUUCUAUUUUCCGAAUACAAAGGAGAAAGACAUAAUUAUACCAGUAUCUACAAACUGUUCCGCUCUCUCCCCUUUGAGUCUGUAUGCUUUUUUGUCUUCAUGGAGAGCUGGUGUCUUAAUUUCUCUCCUUGCUCUGUGAAUGGUGGAGAUACUGUCAAAAUGGUAUUUCUUUCUAAGGAGAACUUCUUACUCUGAAAAAGGACUUGGAAUCAUUUUAUAUUGAGUUAUAAAGAUGACAUAUGUAAAUAUUUCAAUGCCAAAUAUUAGGCAUUGGGAGCAAAAAAAAAGUAAAAGUUCUCCAAGUGAAGACUUUCUCUUGGGAUCAGGUGGCAGGGAGCUGUCUCUGAAACUGGGUUGGAAUCCAGAGUGUCUUCUGUUGCGGAUCUUUGUGAGUGACAAGGUCCUUCAGAGGAUUUCCAUCGCCAUUUUGUAAAAAUAUGAAGGAUGGUAGAGUGGAAGACCAAGAUUGCCAGGACCUUUGUCCUGGGAGUAAGAGGUCAAAAUUGCUUUCCUCUUUGUAAUUGUUUGGAAGACUCUGACCUCUCCGUGGCUUGAGAAACUUCUGCCAUUUAAACCUCACUUUGAGAUGGCAAUUAUCAUUGACAGUUUAGCUUCAAUAUUACCCACAGCAUAGAAAUAACCAUUGCCUACUUGUUCCAAAGAAGAUCACGUCAUUAAUUUAGGAGAAUAUUAAUGCAUUAAAUUUUGUGUUUUUUAACUCAAAGCUAACUAGAAAUGUUAGCUGUAAGAAUGUAAUGAUAUUCAUGCACUGAAUUUUUAGCCAAUAUGAACAAAAUUGCUGAAGAAAUGACACGCAGGUUAACCAGAUUUUCUUCGCAGGUAGAAAAAGCACUUGUGUUUUCUUUCCCAUUGAAGGACAAGGAGGAAACUCUAUUUCAUUUAAAACAUAGUUUUGUGUUGUUGUUUUGUUGUUUUUUCAUUGAAAUGGACCCCUUUUGCUUGUCCUUCAGGACAUUAGUUUUGGUCAAAGAGUUUACAGAAUAUUUGUCUUGUUUCCUUCUAUCUUUCCAAUAUUGGAAAAAUCUCACUAAAACAGAUGAGGAAGUAUAUGUGGAAAAAUAUCAGAAUUAAUUACCAAAGUCCAGAAGAAAAAAGUAAAUUCUUGAAAAGUAAAAAGGCAUUUAUGUCCUUCAGUAUUUAUUGAACAGAGGAAAUGACUGACAAAGGACAAUACAAUCCAGUGUUCAUGUGAUAACAUUCAUGUGACUUACUGAAUUUUGUUCUUGUAUGUAUGUUGCAUACACAUGAAGAAAUUCAAAGUGUACGUUGUCAUUGUUGAACCAUCAUCUUACAUUCAUUUAAUGAAAUCAUGGGAUAGAGUAAAAACUAGCUCUUAACUUUGUAAUUAUAUUAUGGUAUUUAAAAUCAGGUCACUACAGUAGGGUUAUAAAUAUUGCCAAUUGAAAAGCCAGAAUUAUUACUGUUGCAAAAUGUUGGCAACAAUUGACUCCAGUCGCAUUUCAAAUACUUGGAUCCCACAACUAUUUUAUAAACUCAAGUAAUAAAAUGGGUUUUCUAAUUCACUUUAAUUCUUCAUCUUUCUCUCCUAUGUAUCCUGGACUAUAAGAAAAGUGUUUCAGUCACUGCAUUGGUAGAAUUAUUUCAAUGUCACUAUUUUGUUAUUUGAAAUGUCUACACAAAAUGAAUUGGUUUUAUUUGUACUGUGAUGCAAUUAAUGGCGAAAUAUUUCAAAUUCUAUUUUGAUUUUAUUUCAAGGGUGGAAAACAAAAGUCACUUCUGUUAUUGUUCUCUGUCAGUAGAAAUCGUUGAGGAAGAGAUGUAAUAAGUGAUUAUGAUUAGUAAUCACAUCUGUUGAGGGUGAUCAUGGUCAGUCAAAUCACCUCUUUCCUUUGAAUUUUUUAGCUAACAAAUUAACCCUCCCAAAUACUGCUCAUUAUCAACUAAAAUACUUUUUAUUUGACAUUGAGUACCAACUGGUCAUAUUAAUGAAGACCCCUGUCGUGCAGACGGCUGGGAGAGUUAAGAGGUCACUAAAAACAUACAGCUGGUUUGGGGAGACAUGGCACACGUAAGGAUAUCAUGUCCGAUGCUACCUGUUCAUUUUUAUCUAAUUUCCUUUUAAUUGAUAGUUGGGGACUCCAUUUCUAAGGAUAACAAAGAAAUAAAAUGAUCUUUGGCAUUUCAGCCUGCAUUCCCAGUCUUCUCUUAUUUUCAGGUCUUACCUAUUCAGCCAUCCUUAAGGGUCUUCCUCCAUGAUUGAUAUCUGCCUUCUCAGCAACAGCCAGGCCCUUGCUCCACACCUUUAACUGGUUGCAGGAGGAGCUGGGGGCAGUGGGGGCUGUUUAAUGCUUUUGUGGCACUUUUCUUUGCUGUAGUGACCCAAGUGAGGCAACUUGAAUGGCUUCAUUAAUCACUGACAUGUAUUUUCAAUGAGACCCCCCCAUCCUGCAGACACACAUUUCUUGUGGGGAGUCACAUUGCUAAGAUGAAAUAGUCAUAUUUCAAAAUGUAUGUCUUUGUUUAAAAUCAGCUCAUGAUAAUCAGCUGGUGGCCUGACCAAAGAUGUGACGUCAAAAUCAUGUUUUGCAGGAUAUCAAAAUAAACUCUGCAAACAAUAGACCUACAAAAAUGUGCUCUGAGACUGAACAAUUUGAAAUUUGAUGCUGGUGAUGAGGUCGAAGAAAAUAAUUCAAUAUAGGAAUGGAAAUUACUGAAGAUACUGUUGUUUGGGGGCCUUGCAGGACUUUAAACUUGACAAUUGUGUCUGCACAGUUUAAUUCUUAUGUAUCUACUUGGAAAUGCGCUUAAUCUCAAAUCGCAGAAACUGGAGAGGGUCUCUGCAAUGCCUCAGAAAAAUCCUGGUCCUAAUGAAAUGAGUGCAUCAAAUUUAAUUUCUUUCUCUUUUCAGUUCAUUUAAUGCCAUGAAUAUGGAGUGAGGGGAACCUUGUUCACAUAACUGCCUUGCUUUGUCCUCCAUUUCCUUCAUCGAAAAAAAAAAAAAGCAUCUCUCAAGUCUUUGUUCAACUUUGGUUGCUCAGACCAAUGGCUGGUGACAGUCAUUUCUGGGUGGCAAGAGUGGAGGCCCUUGUGGGAGCUGAACGCAUGUGUCAUGGGGUCAGUUGCACACGUGCUUCCUGGUGGCUGAGUCCACUGAAGGCUGGCAAUGUGCAGGAGCGUGGAGCGGCUCGGGGUUCAGUCCAGAGCCAGGAGUGGCUGCGUGUUCUCAUUCUCCCCCUUCUCCUCAUGUUUCAGGGUCCCAGCUUCUACCACAGACUGAGAUCUAAUAACAGGGGAAGGAAAAAGACACAAUUACAAACAAUUUAUGAUGGUGACCAUUUUGGAACAUUGGAGGGCAUUCAGAUUUUAUGUCCCCUUAUUAACCAAGACACUCAAAAUAACUGCAUAACUCCCCCCCCCCUUUUUGUAUCCCUCUUUUCUGUGCUUUUGUGUCUUCUACACCACAUUGCCAUCGAGAGAGGCAACUUGGAAUCUUCUUUGCGGAAAUCUCUUCUGUUGGUAGGAGGAACAUGUGUUCUAGCCACAACUCUGCCCCAGUGUCUAAACAUUCAACUGCUCUUGAGAUCUAUAAAGUCAAAUAAAUUUUGCUGGAUUUUCACUGUUUCAAAGCACUUUUUAGAGCUUUUGUUUCUCAAGGUCAUAGGAAACUUAUCAUGUGUGAUGUUAAGACCAUGAGAUUUGAGGUCAGAUGGUAAAUGUAGACCUUACCCGUUACUGACCGAAGGGUCUUGGGGGAGUUCUUACAACUUUGGGCCUUUAUUCUCUCACCUGUGAAACAGAGGUAUUACCUACCUUCCAGGGUUGUUGAGAAAGACUAAAACUAAUACUGUACACAAAGCAUUUGACAAGCAAUUGUAGUCAAAAUUAUGGAGCACUCUUAUCACCACUGUUGCAAUUACAGCAGUGAUUUUUACUUUCUGAUGUGUUCUCUUAUAUUGGAGUAAUAGCAAUUUCCUGUUUAUAACAUGGAUUGAAACUGAAAUUAUUUCCCAGCUUUAUAGAGAGAAGAUUAUAAGAGCUAUGCACACGGUAGAUAUUCAAUCAACGUUCACAUACUAAAAAAAAGUCAAAACAUUAAGAAAAUAGUUGAAUUAGGUUGUUCAAAUAAGCGAGAUUUACAUAUAUGUGCAGUAAAUGGUUAACUCAGUAGGCCUGAGUUGCCCAAACCCUCCACAUUCCAAAAGCCUUCAGGACUGUCCUUUGACUGGCUCCUCUGAACAAUAUGAUUUGCAUGCCUAUGUGAUUGACCCCUCCCCCCCAAAAAAAAUCUCUGGGCACCAAGGCAUGGGAGAGUCUCCCUGGUUGGUGACAUUUCCUAUGUGUUGUCACACGUCAUUGCUGAGAGAAUUAAGCUCUGUCUAGGUGAGUCCACUGGGAGGACAACUGGAAGCUUGCUACUGGUCCAGUGUACUUGCACUCCACCCAAUACACCUGUUUCCUUUGCUGGGCUUAACCUGUAUUCUUGUACUAUAAUAAACCAUAACUCUGAGUGUAA